AUGGAUGCGACACGGCAUUGCAUACGCUCAUCAAGAGCAGUGCUGAAAUCCUCACCCAGCGCUAUUCGCGAAACAACACUCCCAGCCUUCCUGCUACCAGCAUUCGUGCGGCGCCCACGGAGAUCCCAGUUCUCGACCUCGUCCUCAUGCCGUUCGAAGAUUGGAAGCGCACCACUAUCACUACCGCCAGAUGUCAAAUUCGAGGUCGUUCCGCCGCCAGCCCGACUACCCAAUGCUCGCGUCAGUCGAACGCAGGUCGGUGCGACUGUCAAGAUCGAGGGACCCUUGGGAAAGAUGAGCAUGCAAAUACCACCCUACGUGAACAUCGGAAUGGGUGACGGUGUGUCAUCACGCUCUGUCACCAUAAUGAAUCCCGAGGACAAGGAGGAAAAAUCUAUGUGGGGGACGGUUCGAGCAUAUCUUCAGAAUCACAUACUGGGUGUCAGCGAGGGACAUGCUGCGAUUUUAAGAUUAGUCGGCGUUGGAUAUCGUGCUACAGUGGAAGGUAGCGCUCAAACCAAGUCGCCCGAAUAUCCCGGCCAACAAUUCGUGUCGUUGAAAGUCGGCUACUCACAUCCCAUUGAGUUGGGUGUGCCCAAAGGUGUGAAAGCCAGUACACCACAGCCUACACGAAUACUGUUGGAGGGUGUGGAGAAGGAGGUCGUCAAGCAGUUCGCCGCAGAGAUUCGUGCGUGGAGAAAGCCAGAACCUUACAAAGGCAAGGGGAUCUUUGUGAACGAUGAGACGAUCAAGUUGAAGGCGAAGAAGAUUAAGUAG